AUGGGUGCUGGAACAUGGUGCUGCUCCUGCAACGAAGACGUCCAAUGGGGUCGACUCGACUCUGGUCGAGACUACUAUGGCAAACUCACAUCGUAUAAUUCGUCGAUGAACAACUCAAAAGCUCCCAUUUGGACACUGUUAUGGAGGAAGAUGAAGAAAGAGAAGAAAAAAAAUUUCAAUUGCUCCAAUUCAAUGAGAUUCACUUACGAUCCAUAUUCUUAUGCACAGAAUUUUGAUCAGGGCUUAAUGUGGGCAAAUCCCGAUGAACUUUCUCGAUCAUUUUCGGCUCGUUUCGCUGUUCCAUCAAGAAUCUUUAAGAAGAAUGACCUAAUGGUUUGA